GAUAGAUAGACAGACGAACAGACUGAUUAGAUUGUAAAGUUCUCAACGUGUCCUUCAACUUUACAUUCAAAGCGAACAAGGUUUCGGCCGGUUUUCCAAUUCCAUGGCAUCUACAGAUAAGCCUGCGCCAGAGCCUGAGAAGGCUGCUCCUCCGCCGGACGCCCCACCGGCGCCAGAACCCGAAAAGGCUGUUCCCCCUCCCGGGGCCCCUGCCCCUCCCCCGGACUACCUGGUGGUGGCAGAUGUGGUUCUGAGGGUGUUGCUCUUUGCGGCGGCGUUAACGGCGGUGGUGGUGAUGGUCUCCGCCAAGCAAACGGUAUUUGUCCCGCUGACGAGUAGUUCUCCCUUCCUGCUGGUGCCCCUCAAGGCGAAGUUCCGUCAUUCUCCGGCCUUCGUAUACUUUGUAGCUGCACUCUCAGUGGCUGGCCUCUACAGCAUCAUCACUAUAGCAAUAUCCUUCUUAGCACUCUUGAAGCCAAGUUCCUCUACGAAGUUGUUGGCCCAUUUUGUGAUUUUCGAUGUGCUCAUUCUGGGGAUUGUAGCGGCUGCAACAGGAGCUGCAGCGGCGGUGGCUUACAUUGGAUUAAAAGGGAACUCUCAUGUGGGGUGGACCAAGGUCUGUAAUGUGUAUGACAAGUUCUGCCGACACAUUGCAGGCUCGAUUUCGGUCUCGCUUUUCGCCUCCAUCGUCCUGGUGCUGCUGGUCAUACUCUCUGCUUACUCCCUCUCCAAGAAGAUUCCCAAGUAGAAUCCCUCAAUCUCCAUGCCAUGCAGAAAUUUGAAUCUAUGUUGUUUCACUUGUGUAUGUGUACUUCUUGUUGAUGUGCAAUGGUUGGAACCAAAUUUGGCUUUGUAAUAUUUCUGUGGAUAUUCAAUGGUUCAGAUGUGCAGGUUGAACGUCAAGAGUAUAUUUGAUUUGAUAAAA